GGCGGCGAAGGUCUCAGCAUCGAAGAUGCGCAAGUUGAGCACGGCAACCUUUAUGCUGCCUUGAAUCCUGACGAUGUCAGUAGCACGACUCCAGAUUCAAGAGCUAUGAAGACCAAGAAACUUGUUUCGCAGUGCAUUCUUGAAUGUGUCAGCCUGGACCGCGAAUUGGGCCUGAAGAUGCUUGCUGCGUUCCGCGACGUCUGGCUCGCGAUCAGCGAAAGAAACAGCGACAAGGAAGCCGAAACUAUGGAAGAAUACCUGAAGUAUCGGAGCGAAAACGGCGGAAUGCUGGUAUUCUGGCCAAUGCUUCAAUUCAGCCUUGGGAUGUCUAUCUCAGAAGCCGAGGAAGCACUUGUACAGCCCAUCAUUGACGCGGCCACUGAAGGACUUCUCCUAGCGAAUGACUAUUUUAGCUGGGAACGGGAAUAUAGGGAACUGCAGUCCGGCCAGUCAAAGAGGAUCGUAAGCGCCGUGGACUUGUUCAUCAGGACAAAAGGACUCUCAAUCAACGACGCAAAAGAUGAAGUCAAGCGCAAAAUCAUCACGGCAGAGCGUAACUUUUGUGAGCGCCGUGACGAGCUCUAUAAGGCCUGUCCCGACGUAUCCUUGAAACUAAAACGCUGGAUCGAUUGCGCUGGCUUAGCUGUUUCGGGGAAUCACUACUGGUGUUCGGCUUGCCCGAGGCAGAAUGCGUGGAAGCACGCUGAUACACCUAUUUCCAAUGGUGUCAAAAGGAAGCUGUCGCAUGAUGCCGUGGUCAUCAAACAGGAAGCUCCGGCGAAGAAAAGGAAAGACUCUCCCAUUUUUGACUUGGAUUCCAGCGGCAGUGAGUCUGGUUUCUCCGAGGUUUCCAGUUACCCUUUCUAUAAGCCUUCAGAAUUGGCACUGGAGGCGCCAUCAAAGUAUGUUUCAAGCAUGCCCUCGAAAGGCGUCCGGACCACACUUAUCGAAUCUCUUAACACAUGGCUUCACGUGCCAUCUGAUCGAGUCAAGGCGAUCAUGUCCGUGAUCAAUUCACUGCAUAAUGCAUCUCUCAUUCUCGAUGACCUCGAGGAUAAUUCCCCGCUUCGAAGAGGCUAUCCAUCGACACAUAUUCUGUUUGGACAGGCUCAGUCGAUCAACAGCGCUAAUUUCAUGUUCGUGCGCGCUGUACAGGACGUCGCACAAAAUCUGAGUCCAGCUGCUCUUGCUGCCGUCCUUGAAGAACUCGAGGGCCUGUAUCUAGGUCAAAGCUGGGACCUAUACUGGAAACACAACCUCGCAUGCCCAAGCGAGGCUGAGUACGUCAACAUGGUGGAUCACAAGACCGGUGGCAUGUUUCGCAUGCUGAUACGACUCAUGCAAGCGGAGAGCGAGGUAACACCGCAGUUGAAUUUCCACAGAUUGACGCUGCUGUUCGGCCGGUUCUUCCAGAUUCGGGAUGACUACAUGAACUUCCAGGAUUAUACGGCACAAAAAGGUCUAUGUGAGGAUCUAGACGAAGGAAAAUUCUCGUAUCCAGUUGUAUACUGCAUGGAAAAUUUUCCGGAGUACCGUGGGCACUUCCUAGGUGUGUUCCGGCAACGCCCUACGAUCGCCACCGUGGACGCACAUCCUCUGUCGAAAGAGAGCAAGCAACAUUUGACGGCUUGCCUGAAGAAAAGCGGAGCAUUUGAGAAGACGAUUGCUUGCCUAACGGACAUGGAACGCGAUUUGGAAAUAGAAAUCGGUCGGCUUGAGCAGCAGACGGGCGAGGCGAACCCUAUGCUUCGCUUGUGUCUCGCAAAGCUCAGCCCGACGGGUGGCCUGAUAUACAACGAAGUCGAGAACGUCUUAUGCCCACCAGAAGCUCAAAGUUUCAAGGUUGUUAGUUUAAAUCUUUCGUGUUUCGUUAUCAAAUAUACAGCAAUGUGGCAAUCAACAACUUUACCUUGGCUGUAUGCCAUGUACGCUUCUAUCGGCAAUAGCAAAGGCACAACAGCAGAUUACGGUUCUUGCCAUGAUGCUUGCAUUCUCCUCUCUGAAACACUCUCGGUCGAGAUUACUGGCAUUAAUUUGUCUGAUGUCGGACAUGUUCCCACCGUUGCUAACCAGACCUCCGUGAGAUCCCUCUUUUGGGCACAGCAACAGCAGUCUGCUCAGCCAUCGUGUCUUGUCCAUAUCCAUUCUGCCGAAGAUGUCGCAGCCGUUGUAUCAGUCUCACGCACAAGUGGUUGCCCUUUCGCUGUUCGCGGAGGGGGUCACUCAGAUAUCCAGGGUGCGAGCAAUAUCGAUGGAGGUAUCACCGUCAACAUGGCGGGUUUGAGCGAUGUCGUAUUAGACGAAAGCGAAAGACUAGUCAGGGUCGGCGCUGGCGCGAUAUGGGGAGAUGUGUACAAAGAGCUUGAAAAGGUCAACAAGACCGUCGUGGGUGGCCGACUCACUGGAGUUGGUGUUGGUGGAUUGCUGCUGGGUGGUGGACUGAGCCACUUCUCAGGCAUGCACGGCUGGGCAUGUGACAAUGUCCGUAACUUCGAGGUGGUUCUUGCAAAUGGCAGCCUCGCGAGUGCUUCCGAAUCGUCAAACGCGGACCUCUAUCGCGCUAUGCGUGGCGGUGGAAAUAGCUUUGGCAUUGUCACUCGCUUUGAUCUUGACGUAUUCCCGCAGGGACCAAUGUGGGGAGGGUUACAUGUUUGGCCAUUGCUGCCAUCAGUGACUUCAGCUCUCACUCGCGGCUUUGUCAAAUUCGCACACGACGCUCCGUCCGACCCACAUGUAUCACUAUUUGCUGGUCUAGGCUACAAGCAAGGCAACUUUGCUUGGGCCGCAGGGCAGUACGAUGCGCUAGGAAGGGUUGAACCUCCAAUCUUCACCCAGUUCAAAGACAAUGUAGAGGCAUAUGGUACAGCAAAGAUCAUGAGCACGGCAAGAGUGACUUCGGUGUCAGAUCUUGCAGAUGAGCUCAAUCGAUCAGAACCAGCCGGUAUGCGGAGCCGGUUCACGACGGCAACCUUUUCCGCCGAUGUAGGGCUGUUAGCACUUAUGGUGGACAUAUUCGUUGAGCAAGUACAGACGGCGCUAGACAACGGGUUACAAGAUGACCAGGGGUUUGCACCAAUGCUGGGAAUUCAGCCACUCACGCAGAAUAUCUUAGAAGCCCAAACGACUCGUGGAGGGAAUGUCAUGGGCCUUCAUGACGACCAAGCGCCUUUAGUCGUCUGUUCUUUUGGAUGGGAAUGGUCUCGCGAAGCUGAUGACACAACUGUCAUUGACGGUAUCAAAGCUGUGCUUGAGCAAUCUGUUUCGGCUGCUAAGGAGAGAAGCUUGUUUCAUCCUUUCAAGUACAUGAACUAUGCCGCGAAAGACCAAGAUCCUAUCCGAAGCUAUGGAAAAGAGAACAUUGAGUUCCUGAAGCGGAUUCAAUAUGGCGUAUGUAGGAGAGAAUGGAAGAGCUGGAAAAGAAGUAACAAGACCAUGCCUGACGCAGUCGUCCACGAAGCCCACACUAAGCGAAGUCAGGACGAAAAAGAUAUGACCCUUUUGAGUUCUAUACUCACGAACAUGGACAUACCAAUAACUCUGGUGUCUUUGUUUGUGGUUUCCGUCCUGUAUCUCUGCUAUGUUACCGUGUAUCGUCUUUUCUUGAGCCCAAUCUCGGACUUUCCCGGGCCGAAACUCGCGGCAUGGACUUAUUGGUACGAAUUUUGGUACGAUGUCGUUGCCGAACCCGAGUAUACGUUCAAGAUAGGUCGACUCCACAAGAAAUAUGGUCCUAUUGUCCGCAUCAACCCGGACGAGAUACAUAUUGCAGAUCCUGACUUCUACGACACGGUUUAUGCUGGUAGUGGACGCAAGCGUGACAAGUGGGACUGGAUAACCCGGUCCUUUGGCGUUGAUGAGAGCCUGAUCGGCACACUCAAGCACGAUGAGCACCGCGUACGCAGGGCUUCUCUUUCCCCAUAUUUCUCCAAGCAAAGUGUGCGAGCACUGCAACCGCUGGUCGACCGAAACAUGAGCAUCUUGCUAGAGCGUCUACGCCAAUUUGCCGAUUCUGGUUUACCCCUUAAGCUGGAUGAUGCUUACGCAGCACUAACCAAUGAUAUCGUCGAGGACUAUGCCUUUGGGAGAAGCGAGCAUCGUCUAGAGGCCCCAGACUUUGAUCCAUCAUUCCGGGAUGCAAUGCUGCAGGGCGGGAAAGCUGGACAUGUUUUGAAGCACUUCACAUGGCUGAUGGACUUGCUGAGGAAGCUUCCCGACUCAAUGCUGCUCAAGCUGAGUCCAGCAAUGGGCGCGUACUCUCAGCUUCAGACUAGCGUAAAGCGUCAGGUCGCCGAAAUCCAGCACGCACACCAGACGCACUCCUACGACAAGACACGCCGCACCAUCUUUCAUGAGAUUCUCAAUAGUAAGCUUUCCGACUACGACAAGUCGACAGAUCGUCUCUGGCAAGAGGGUGAGGUCGUUGUCGCGGCAGGAACCAUUACCACUGCCUGGGCGCUGGGCGUUUCAACGUACUUUGUGCUCGCCACUCCAGAAAUUCUGCGCAAGCUCAAGGCCGAGCUGGAAGCUGCCAUUCCCGAUCCUUCGCAGCCGCUUAACCUUAUCGCACUUGAAUCCUUGCCCUUCCUUACUGGUGUGGUUCAAGAAGGCGUACGUCUAAGCCACGCCAUCUCGCAUCGCUUGCAUCGCAUCUGCCCGGACGAGACUCUCGUUUACCACGACGCUGGAAACCAGCGCGAAUGGCACAUCCCGCCUGGCACACCUCUUAGUAUGACUAGUAACCUGGUCCACCACGACGAGCGCGUCUUUCCAAAUUCGCACGACUUCCAGCCCGAACGCUGGCUUGAUAACCCCCGCCUCGAUCGCUAUCUAGUAUCAUUCGGCAAAGGUGGAAGAGCUUGUCUCGGCAUCAAUCUUGCCUAUGCAGAGCUGUAUCUCACGCUGGCUGCGCUGUUCAGGGUGUAUGGUACAGAUGAGGUCGAGGGCAAGGACGACGUUGGGAAAUUGCAGUUGUUCGAGACCAGUGCUGCUGACCUUGUGAUUACAAGUGACACUAUUGUCCCUGUUAUGCCUGAAGACUCCAAGGGAUUGAGAGUAAAAGUAUAUUAG